AUGGACUGCAUUCACAAAACGCUGAUUGGUCCAGGGUUUAGGCUAGCCACGUCCCCUAUGAGGAAACCCAGCUCAUCGUGUGUUGUGUGCCGGCUGAGGUUCAACUCUGAGGUAGGCAGAGUUUGACCUCAUACAGGGCAGUACCAGGGAUGCUUGAGAACUCUACUGUCUCAACACACUACUGUCUCAAAAGCGUUCCAAAAGGUUUCAUCAGCUGUCCCCAUAGGAGAACCCUUUUUAGUUCCAGGUAGAAACCUUUUUGGUUCCAGGUAGUUCUACACUGAACAAAAACAUAAACGCAACAUCUAAAGUGUUGGUCGUAUGUUUCAUGAGCUGAAAUAAAAGCUCCCAGAUAUUUUCCAUAUGCACAAAAUGCUUAUUUCUCUCAAAUUGUGUAUACAAAUUUGUUUACAUCCCUGUUAGUGAACAUUUCUCCGUUGCCAAGUUAAUCCAUCCACCUGACAGGUGUGGCAAAUCAAGAAGCUGAUUAAACAGCAUGAUCAUUACAUGUUCAUUGUCGUUUUAGAGAAUUUGGCAGUAUGUCCAACCGGCCUCACAACCGCAAAUCACAUAUAACCACGCCUACCUCCACAUCCGGCUUCUUCACCUGCGGGAUCGUCUGAGACCAGCCACCUGGACAGCUGGUUCUCCUAUGGGGACAGCCGAUUAACCCUUUUAGGUUUUAGAUAGCACCUUUUUUUCUAAGAGUGAACUCGUGCCUGGUCUUUCUCAACAUGCAGGCAUUGUCAAAUGUGUUAUUUUGUUAUUUUAUUAGGAUCCCCAUUAUCUGUUCCAAAAGCAGCAGCUACUUUUCCUGUGGCUUAUGCAAGUGUUGUGUGGGUGUAAACCGUGGGAGCGCAGGUUUGAAAUAUUGGAUGAAAUGUAUGAGAUUAAAAUCUCUCCAAGAGUUGAAAUUGCUCUGGAUAAGAGCAUCUGCUAACUGACGAAACUGUAAUAAUGUAAAAUCUCUGGCUUAACCCUGUGGCUGUAUGACUUGAUGACUUGAGAACAUACUACUGCAUGGUCAUUGGGCUUGUUGUUGUAUCUUGUGUGACUCUGUGGUUCUGGUUCUAUUGUCUCUCUCUGUGUAGAGCCAGGCCUCAUCCCAUUACAGCGGUACCAAACACUUCAAGAGGCUCAAAGCCCUUGACCCACUGGACUGCAAGACCAGAGCCCCUGACGCAGUCACCAAGAGCAUCUCACCCUGCCAUGUGCCGCCCAGCUCAGACUCCAGUUCAACAGGUUGGUGUGUGUGUGUGUGUGCGCAUGCAUGAGUGCACGCGUUAGGGUGUGUGCGUGUGUAUGUACGUGCGCAUGUGUGUGUGUGCGUGCAUUCAAGGGUGUAUGUGUAAAUAUGUGCUGACAUCAAACACAUAAAGGAUCCUUGUAGCUUUGAUCAUCCAGACCAUCCCUUCUAACAGACCCUGCGUUUCCUGUCAACACUCUCUAUCUCUUUGAUGUGUGAGGAAGCCUCUCACCUGUCUAUCCUCACUGCCAUAUAGAGCAGAUGGACUAAAAAGCUGAAAGGCAUUCAACUCUCCUCUCUCUACAUGACCCUGUAUACAUGUAGACACACAUUCUCACCAAUGAGUCUUUAGAGGUUCAAACGCAGCACUUUGCUUGUGUGUCUGUAACGAAUGCAGAUCUGGGAGUAUGUGUGUGGGAGUUUGCGUUGUUUGUUAAUGUAUGCGUGCCUCGGAGUAUGUCCUUCUAUAUAAGUAGGCGUUUUCAAAUGUGUUGUGGUAUUCGUGAGUGUUUUAGAGCGUGAAAGCCCAUUUAUUUGACUUCAUGCCAUAGCGAUAGAGUGAGCGAGUUUUUCUAUUUUGUGUGGAACAAACAGUGGAGCUUUGUGAUGAUUACUUUGGCAAACAGCCUUAUUGCCAUUUUAGAGAGACAGUCAAUGACAAUAAAGAAAUGCUCACAGGCCUAAUCACCAUUAACACAUUACCUACUAUGGGGUUUCCCUCUGGGGAAGCCCUCCGGCUCCCGAUCCGUCUCACUGCAGAUAAUGGACCGUAAUCAUUUCAAUCCGAAGCCUCUAAUUUUCCCACUCUGAAAAAUGGAAGCAGAUUCCCAUGGGAAAUAUUUGGUUAUUACUGAGAUUACAGAGGCUAAUGGAUCUCAUAAACACUGUUGCUGGUGUGGUUUUAUCUGUCUCAGUGAGUUAUGGUAAAAGUUGAGAGACUUGGUCUGCUUCCCAAAAGGCACCCUUUUCCCUACAUAGUGCACAAUGGCCCUGGUCAAAAAUAGUACACCAGUUAGGGAAUAGGGUGCUCUUUGGGACGCAAGGCUGCAGUAGUAACCAGUAUUAGAGACUCUGUUAGAGGUUGAUGUAGGAGAGAAGAAAGCAUCAGGGUUAACUUAUGUCCCCUCUCUCUCUCACCACCACUACCACACACACACUCUCCCCACUAAUUCACCACUACCACACACACACUCUCCCCACUAAUUCACCACUAUCACACACACACUCUCCCCACUAAUUCACCACUAUCACACACACACUCUCCCCACUAAUUCACCACUACCACACACACUCUCCCCACUAUAUUCACCACUACCACACACACAAACACUCUCCCCACUAAUUCACCACUACCACACACACUCUCCCCACUAUAUUCACCACUACCACACACACAUACACUCUCCCCACUAAUUCACCACUGCCACACACACUCUCCCCACUAUAUUCACCACUACCACACACACAAACACUCUCCCCACUAAUUCACCACUAUCACACACACAAACACUCUCCCCACUAAUUCACCACUAUCACACACACAAACACUCUCCCCACUAAUUCACCACUAUCACACACACAAACACUCUCCCCACUAAUUCACCACUCAACACACUCUAAUUCCCUUCCAUUCUACGAUGGUGGAAAUGGAUAAACUUGUAUAGAUUUCACUCAUCCCCCCAAAACGAUGGCAGCCUUUUAUCACAAUGCUCUAUCUUAUUAUAUUCUGUUCUAUUCUGUUCUAUUCUAUUCUAUUAUUCCGUGUAGAUGUCACAUUCGGACCUGUGUUGUCACCACCCUCUGCCUCUGGGGUGGCGCCAUCGACCUACAGCCCAGCAGUAUCGAUGGAGACACCCUCUGACCCCUCUUUGUCGCCCUGCCCCAUGGUGGAGAAGGAGAUGGAGGGAGCGGUGGAGGAGGUCGGAGAGUCGGAGGAAGACAAGGCUAAGAGACUGCUCUACUGUUCUCUCUGCAAGGUGGCCGUCAACUCUACAUCCCAGCUAAAGGCUCACAACAGCGGUGAGAAUGAAGCAUCACUGACCUGUGUGCGUGUUUGCGUGUGUGUGUCAUCAUCAUGCUGCAACAAGUCUGUCUUCUUAAUCAAUCAAUGACGUCUACAGAGCUCAGGGCUCUCAUCUGAUCAAUACCACACCAAUCAAUCAGUCACUCCCUCCCUAACCCCAAGACCUAGGCCAUUACUGCCAUCUUGAUCUGACAGGUAAAGUGUAUGUUAGGACAGGGCAUCUCUCUUGUCAUCAUCUCCAUUUACAUUGAGAUGCACAUUUAUGUAGUAGCCAGAUGUCCCACUUUGUUAAUACUUAGUUGGCGUCUCUGCUUCUAACCUUUGAACCAUCUGCCCUUUCACCCUGUCAGGAACGAAACACAAGACAAUGCUGGAGGCCAGGAGCGGCGACGGAGCCAUAAAGUCAUUCCCCAGAUCAGGGGUCAAAGCCAAGCUGGCCCCUCCCACCGAGGUGUCAACGGGGCUCCAGAACAAAACUUUCCACUGUGAGAUCUGCGAUGUGCAUGUCAACUCCGAGACACAACUCAAACAGGUGAGUUAUAGCCAUCAACUCCGAGUCACAACUCAAACAGGUGAGUUAUAUACUGUAUAUCUACUCUGAGAUACAACUCAAACAGGUGAGUUAUAGCCAUCAACUCCGAGUCACAAUUCAAACAGGUGAGUUAUAUACUGUAUAUCUACUCUGAGAUACAACUCAAACAGGUGAGUUAUACCUGUCAACUCCGAGUCACAACUCAAACAGGUUAGUUAUACACGUCAACAUCAAUGAAUAUUCAUCAGUUCAUCAGACAUGGUUUGGCCUGAUUGGUAAUAACCAUCUGUCUGUGUACGCAACUCAAAAUCAAAUCUGCCCUUAUGAAUAUUUAUACAUUUAGAAGGCCAAGAACGUUCCAGAGAUGAGAGGAAAAAUAGGGACUUUAAUUAGGUGUAGUGUUUCCUUUCAUUUCCUGUGGCCUGAUGAAUCUAUGAUUUGGACUGACCAAUGUGGCCUCCUCCCUCUGUGUCUGUCUUUCUGUCUGUCUGUCUGUCUGUCUGUCUGUCUGUCUGUCUGUCUGUCUGUCUGUCUGUCUGUCUGUCUGUCUGUCUGUCUGUCUGUCUGUCUGUCUGUCUGUCUGUCUGUCUGUCUGUCUGUCUGUCUACCCCACUCUCUCUGUCUCUUUCUCUCUACCCCACUCUCUCUGUCUCUUUCUCUCUACCCCACUCUCUCUGUCUCUUUCUCUCUACCCCACUCUCUCUGUCUCUUUCUCUCUACCCCACUCUCUCUGUCUCUUUCUCUCUACCCCACUCUCUCUGUCUCUUUCUCUCUACCCCAUUCUCUCUGUCUCUUUCUCUCUACCCCACUCUCUCUGUCUCUUUCUCUCUACCCCACUCUCUCUGUCUCUUUCUCUCUACCCCACUCUCUCUGUCUCUUUCUCUCUACCCCACUCACUCUCUCUUUCUCUCUGUGUCUGUCUCUCUCUCUCUCUUUCUCACUGUGUCUCUCUCUCUCUCUUUCUCGCUGUGUCUGUCUCUCUCUGUCUCUUUCUCUCUGUGUCUCUCUCUCUCUGUCUGUUUCUCUCUGUGUCUCUCUCUCUCUGUCUCUUUCUCUCUGUGUCUCUCUCUCUGUCUCUUUCUCUCUGUCUCUCUCUCUCUGUCUCUUUCUCUCUGUGUCUGUCUCUCUCUCCCCCCCCCCCCCCCCCUUGUCUCUUUCUCCUCAGCACAUCAGAAGUAGAAGACAUAAAGACCGAGCAGCAGGGAAGCCAGCCAAGCCCAAGUUCAGCCCCUAUGGUCUGCCGCCCCAACGCAACCAGUCAGUGAGUACCACAUUAUUGUCUUUUGGCAGUACUUUACUGGAGGUUUUGUUGUGGACUGAUUAUGGAACUGGUGGUGAUCACGUUGUAGAACAGUUGUAGAAUGAUUUUGAUCAUGUUGUGUGUGGUUUCCAGGUUGGGAUCGCUCUGAGGAAGGAGCAGGACAUGGCGAAGCCUCUCGCCUCGUGCCUCUUACAGCGCCAUCUCUCCCUCGCUGCUGCUGCUGCCAUGGCAACCCUAUCCCCGUUCCAUUUGCGCCCUGCCCCUACACCUGGCCCUGCCCUCUUUCAGAUUCAGCCCCUCCCCCAGACCUUGUUACAUCCCGCCCCAGGACCUUUCCGUACGGCACAUACAUCAGUUCUGUUCUCACCGUACUGA